CACACACACACACACACGUGCACGCGCUUGUUGAAACUUCAAAUAAUACUUGUAAUUAUGUUUGCAACAGAAGUUCACGUACAGUGCUGAUACAAUAAACUUAUCAACUGAAUAAGUUUAAAAUUUCGACGUUUGAAUUAAUUUGAUUCUUUGAAGUAGUGUGAUAAUUUUCUUAGAAUGAAGAAGAACGUGUGUCUUAUGGCUGAAAAGAUCAUUUCUAGUGAUAAUUACUUUAAUGGUUACACUGCACUAUGAGUCCCCCGCAGUAAUCUAAGAACACGAUUAACAACUGUUGUGUGGCUGACAGUGGCCAGUGUGACAAGAAAUUUACUUUAGAAAUUAUGUUAAUGAAAAUUUCCAGGAAAUAAAAUAUUCUUUAAACACGAUUAAUAAUAAACAGAAUUGGAUAUGUAUUAACAUAUGAUAAACCAGUACUGUUGUUAUACAUUACCACAACGGACGAUCAAUAGCUGAACAUUCGCUAUUUAGAGCCUCAAGGUUGGGAUGAUAAUAUGUCUGAAAAACUUCGUUAAUAUAAUACAGUCAGACGGCUUGAAGUGCGUUAUUAACCGAGAGGAAAGUCCGGUACAGUAUACAGAAAGAUAGAGAGAAAUAUUUAAGUAACUCAACAUUCAGUGAAAGAUAUUUACCGGACAUCCUCUUCAUGUUGUAAGUGUGAAAGUGUAUACUAGGAUAGAUGAAGCGGGUGAUCGGCAUGAAACAGAAACUAAUUAUCCUGUAGAGUUCUGUAGGUGAUUGGAAAGCGAUCAAUAUGUUCAAUAAUUGUAAGAUGAGUGAGUGAAGGAGAUGUAUUUUACACUUGACUUAAUAAAGUAGAUCAUGAAACAUAACUAUGGAUUACUAAGGCUACAUAAAUUGUUCCUACAAAAUGAAAAACAGUGACGUUGAUGAUGGUGUUCGUACAUCCCCCAGUGUGACCAUAACCCCUGUGGUGUCCCCCGGGGAGCAACACCACGCACAGGAUGUCUCGAAGUGUCUCUACAGGUCCCACAUAAAGGAAGACUCUCGGAAACUAGCAGAAACGUGGUCAAGGGUAAGGUAUUCCCGCCCUGAUGUGACGGACACCAGAGGGCAGUGUGAAUGUCCCCUGCCAGACACUCACCAGUGUCAUGAUACUAACACAGAGGUCUACUCUAGGACACUAGACCCAGCACGUCCUACCAACGAGGACCUGCAGAGGCCUUCCAAGAUCUCUAGGAACCAUGGGUGGCCGAGGAUGCUGGUCACGCCUGAAGAGUACCAGCUAUCCUGCAGGUGCCCCCACGGCUCCCUCUCUCAGGUACCAGAGGAGACGAGAGUGGAGGGGCGGCUGAGCGAUACAUUGGGGUUAACGACAGAGACUUCGUGGACUGAGGGGCGGCAACCUAGCAGGAGUUUAGAAGACCUUCCUGGAGAUAUUAAGGACCACAUCCUCAAGUGCCAGUGUUCCUGUGACCACCUCGGCUACGGCAACUACUCUAUCAAGUCGAUGGACAGGCUGACCAAUGGGUGCUCGGUCCAUCUGGCCAAAAGUUCGGCCGCUUCAGACUUGGGGAAGGAGGACCACGCGUGUCACCACCAGUCAUCACCAACCAGCAAACACAAAGCAGAAGGAGGAGGGAUAGGAACGAGAACCAGGGCGUGGGUGUGCGUGGUUGUGGUGCUGGCAGGCGUGGCAGGCGUGGGCGUGGGUGUACCUCUGGCUCUGCGCGUCGACCCUGGAGCUUCCCUGGAACAACGUCUCACUACAACCAAGACUCUGCUUACAGACACACCGCUGUUCGACGGGCACAACGACCUGCCGUGGAAUAUCAGGAAGUUUAUGCACAACAAACUUCACAGCUUCAACUUCACGGCCCAACUUAAGAAACUUCGCCCAUGGUCCAGAUCCUCUUGGUCCCACACUGACUUACCCAGGCUCAAGGAGGGCAUGGUCGGUGCCCAGUUCUGGGUGUCCUACGUGCCUUGUGAGUCACAGAGACUAAACGCCGUGCAGCUCACCAUAGAACAGAUUGACCUCAUCAAGCGUCUCAUUGAUCAGUAUCCCGACGACCUCCGCCUCGCUACCUCCGCCGACGAGGUGGAGGAGUCGUUCAAGGAGGGUCGUAUCGCCAGCCUCAUCGGCGUGGAGGGCGGCCACGCCAUCCAGAACUCCCUGGGCGUCCUACGAGCUCUGAAGGACCUGGGCGUACGCUACCUCACUCUCACCCACACCUGCAGUACUCCCUG